CCUUGUGCGAGAAAGUUGUCAGUGUCGCGGGACGCGGAUCGCGAAUUGGAUUUAGAUUUGGAUUCGAAUUCGAAGCCGAUAGCGCUUGCGAAUUGACAUUUAUGAGCUUCCAUUGGCGAAAAGGCGAACGAUUCAACGCGAGUGCCAUGCCAAGUCCCAGCAAACAGAGCGGAGAUACUCACCCGACAAACACUUCGACUACCUGAGAGCACUGACACAUCGUACCUGGAGCAGGAACAUAAGCCAAGGCCCAAUCGGAGAUCGACGGAGAUCCACAGAAUGCUGUUCGCCGCGUCGCUCAUCUGCCAGGUGGAGCGGCUGAUGUGCCUGCCCAUCAGCUUCGCGGUGCUGGGAUUCCUCUUCAUGGCCUGCACCAUGGAGGUGGUGCUGCUCAAGAUGACCACCAGUGAUCCGGUCUUUGGACGAUCUGGCCCACCCGACGACUGGGAGGAGGGUGGCGGGCCGGAGGGCGACGAAGAACAGAUCUACUACGAGAAUCUGGAGAACAACUUCGAGCACUGGGCGCGUCGGAGGAUGCGCUUCCACCAGCGCCAGCAGCAGCGCCUCCAGCAGCAGCAGCAGCAACAGCUGGUGACUUAGUAUACUGAAAUCUAGGCUUAAAUUAGGCUUAAGACUAGUAGUAGGGCCUCUAAGUACAUAGGUACACAUACUGACUGAGUCUUUCCCUACACCUAUACCUAUUAUUUUCCAUGGCGUUUAAUGGCGCAUACCAAUUAUUGAAAUGUUUCAAGUGUGUAAUGUUUUUGCUCUCUGUUUAUGGUUGACGUUUUUUUUUUCUCAUUAAAUUUAUUUGUGUUUGUUUGUAAGCGAAAUUGCGAAAUUUGCCAUUUGAAUAAGUUAGGCAGCAGCAAUUGCUCAGUUCGAGCACGUACAAGACACCUAGGAAUUCCCUUCUUGGCUCGUCUUGUGUAAGAACUGUAAGUGACUGACAUAAUCCGAGUGCAUAUCUCUCUAGCCAGUAAGCCGCGUGAUACAGCUACGUACUAUAUAGAUACUUGUGUUUUAAGUUGCCCGAUACUGAUACUGGAUACUGAUACCGAAUACUGGAUACCACUGCCUCAGUGAGUUGAAUAAACUU